AUGCAGCUCAACAAGGACGAGUUCCGCAGGGUGCUGGGGGCCGGGCUCGGGCGCCUCCAUCGGCUGUUGGAACGGCGUCAGGACGAUGCGGAGGGGCUGGAGCUGAGCUCGGGGGGGGCCCCGGUGGGCACCGGCCCCCCCCGCCCCCCCGUCGUGGACUGCACCUGCUGGGGCCUCCCCCGGCGCUAUGGGAUCGCCAUGCUCUGCGCCGUCGGCUUCUGCAUCAGCUUCGGCAUCCGCUGCAACCUGGGGGUGGCCGUGGUCAGCAUGGUCAAUGGGGCCCAUGGGCAGCGCCCACAGUUCAAUUGGGACCCCGAGACCGUGGGGCUCAUCCAUGGCUCCUUCUUUUGGGGCUACAUCGUGACCCAGAUCCCGGGGGGCUUCAUUGCCCAGCGGUUCGCGGCCAACAGGGUCUUCGGCCUGGCCAUCGUGUCCACCUCCCUCCUGAACAUGCUGAUCCCGUCGGCCGCCCGCACCCACGUGGGCUGUGUCGUCACCGUGCGUGUCCUGCAGGGAUUGGUGGAGGGUGUGACGUACCCGGCCUGCCAUGGCAUCUGGAGCAAGUGGGCCCCCCCCUUGGAGCGGAGCCGCCUGGCGACCACGGCCUUCUGCGGUUCAUACGCAGGGGCAGUGGUGGCCAUGCCGCUGGCCGGGCUCCUGGUGCAAUACACGGGGUGGAGCUCAGUGUUCUACGUCUAUGGCAGCUUCGGGGUCUGCUGGUACCUGUUCUGGGUGCUGGUGUCUUAUGAGAGCCCCGCUCAGCACCCGACCAUCAGCGCUGAGGAGAGGAAGUACAUUGAGGAGAGCAUCGGGGAGGGCGUGGGGGCAUCUGUGCGGCUGCCCACCCCCUGGCGCCACUUCUUCACGUCCCUCCCUGUCUACGCCAUCAUCGUGGCCAACUUCUGCCGCAGCUGGACCUUCUACCUGCUGCUCAUCAGCCAGCCUGCCUACUUCGAGGAGGUCUUCGGCCUUGACAUCAGCCAGGUGGGGCUGCUCUCAGCCCUGCCCCAUCUGGUGAUGACCAUCGUGGUGCCCAUCGGGGGCCAAGUGGCCGAUUUCCUGCGCUCCAGGGGGAUCAUGUCCACCACCAACGUGAGGAAGAUGAUGAACUGCGGAGGGUUCGGCAUGGAGGCGACGCUGCUGCUGGUUGUGGGGUACUCACACUCCCGCGCUGUUGCCAUCUCCUUCCUCGUCCUGGCCGUGGGCUUCAGCGGCUUCGCCAUCUCUGGGUUCAAUGUGAACCACUUGGACAUCGCCCCCCGCUAUGCCAGUGUCCUCAUGGGGCUCUCCAAUGGCGUGGGGACGCUCUCGGGCAUGGUUUGUCCCCUCAUCGUGGGGGCCCUCACCCGGCACAAGACGCGGGAGGAGUGGCAGUGGGUGUUCCUGAUCGCGGCGCUCGUGCACUACGGGGGCGUGGCCUUCUACGGAGCCUUCGCCUCGGGGGAGCUGCAGUGGUGGGCGGAGCCUGCGAGGGAGGAGGCGGAGCCUCUGGCGCCGAGGGGCGGGGCCAGCGACGAGGAGGAGGAGGAGGAGGAG